AUGUUGCGGCCCUAUGCUUUUUAUGCAGGAAGUUUCUGUCGACAUAUUGACGUCUUCUUUAAACAGAUCACGGCUUGUCUACCGAAGUCUCAGGCCAUUAAGGACGCCGAGACGACCAAGAAGAAAGCCGAGGCCGACAAGAAGGAGGCCAUCGCGAAAGCGGACGCUGCUAGGCAAGCAGCCGAGGAGCAGGCGGCCAGGGAUGCAUUCAAGGCCAAGCAGGCCGCAGAAGAUGCAAAGGCAGAGCAAGUUCGCGCGCUGCAAGAUGCCGCAGAUGCGAAGAAAGCAGCCGAGAAGGCCAUAAGGGCUGCGCAGAAGAAGGUAAACGAGCAGACCGCCGCAGCCGAAGCAGCCAAACAGGCAAAGGAGAAGGCUGAGGAAGAGCUAGCGAAGCUUGAAGAGAAGAAGAAGGAAUGGCAGCAAGACCUCUCCUACCUCAUUCGGGUCCUUGAAGAGGGGGCCGUACAGCUGCAUGAACCUAUGCCCGCAGCCGUCUCAGUGCAGCAACUCCAGUGGGGAACGAGGUGCCUGCAGCGUGCAAUCAUGCUGCUUACCGCUGCCUUGGACUCCUCACUACGAGGGGAAUGCUGCUGGAACACCCCAAAACUAUGGGGGGAGCUCCGUGACCUUAUUACACCAGCGGCUGUUUUACUGGAGCAACGCGGGGACAGCGAAGAACAACAACAGAGGGGGACCAGCUCUGGGUCCGCAGAGGGACCGCGACGAGUUCACCCUGCAGAUGUUUUACAGCUUGCACAAGGCCACGAGGAAGGGGGACCCCGCACGAGGACGAGCUCCACCGCAGCCCAGUUGCUCUUCGAAGCGGCGGGGGAAUUCCGAAAGCUCAUGCCGACCCUCGUGGACGAGCAGGUUCCGCUGGCAGUGCAACUCCUCCACGCGGUGGAGGCGACGCAACAAGCCCUCUUCGGAGGGGUAAUGGCUGCUACCGAAGAGACGCAGACUGAAGCUGGGGGCGACAACGACUACAUACCGAUAGCGGACGGCCCAUGCAAAGAGGCAGGGGCAACCACUGGAGCCAACCUCGAACCUGGGGGGGCAUGUGCACCAGCUCUGGCCUCAGACCACCAGUGCGAAGAUGGGGAGACAGCAGCGACAGGAGUGGCCCCAAGCCAUGGGGGAGCUCCGCACUCUGGCCAAUGGACGGCCCUGGGAGGAAUUACAUCCUCUCAAGCCCAGGCGCUAAUGACAGACAGCCUGGAAGAUGCCAUCCAACAAGCAGCGCAAACACAGCUGGACCAGAGCGAAGAGGAUGGGGGGCAAGCGAACAGCCUAGCUACGACGCCGCCCUGGCACGCCUGGAGCCAACCGCUCAUGGGAGAAGCAGCGAACCUCCAUGUUGGGGGGAGCCAAGACACGGGGAGCCGCGAGCAAGCACCUUCUGAGCCGAGCAGUGAGCCCAGUUGUCAGGACAGCCACCGUCGUAGGCGAAUGCAUGCGGGGGGGCACUGA